CAGUCAGUCAACCGGCGUACGCGCAUCGAGUUGGACGAGUGCGACCAUGUCUCCGGCAGCGUCGUUCUCUGAACGAUGGGCCCGCGACAAUCUGGCGCGAGAGGUCACAGCUGAUGAGCUGACAGUCCUCGACCUCUUCCCUCUUACCUGUGAGGGAGAUGAGACAGAAGCAGCCAAGAGAGCCAGGAGGUACUACGCUGCGAGAGGGCCUGGAGGUCUCACCGAAUUAUGGCACAAAAGACACCCUGAUGAUGAAGAUAUUCUGUCCAGCUGUCAGGAUGCCUACGUCGUCCCCCUCCGAGCCCGUAGCGUCGGUGGGAGGCGAAUGACCCUGGUGCGACUGCCUGCCCCCACAGCACUGGAUAGACCACUUUCAGCCAGAUCACUGUUGGCUCGAUGGCUGAUGAUACUGGAUAUUAGAUUACGCGAGGACCCAACUCCAGGCGAGGAGGUGGUGUUUAUCGACGUGAGCGAUCUGCAACCUGGACAUCUGAAGAACCACUUCCGAGGUACCUACUGGAAAGACUUCGUUUGGUGCAUGAAGCAAGCUUAUCCUCUCCGGUUCUCCGAGGUCCACGUCAUCAACACCCAGCGCCUCAAGACCAUGUCACUGCUACUCCUGCACAUUGGCCUGUACCCUUGGAGACGCAACGUGGUGCAGGUACACGCCAAUGCAGAGCAGAUCAACCAUGCCAUGGGGCUGGACUACUUCCCAGUUGAAGGUCUACCGUAUGAGUAUGGGGGGAAAGCUGGAGCCAUGAAGGAUCUUAAUGAUGAAUGGACCAAGAAGCUUCUCUCCAACUCUAAAUGGCUACAAUCAGAAGAACGGAAAUUCUACGACACGGUUUUAAAACCAGAAAUCCGGACCAGAACGCGACACCGCAGCGCGGUACGGAACCUGCGCGGGCGCAUCGCUUCCUACGACAUGCUCACACGCACACAUUCCUGUAGAUCUCUACACAGACAAGACGACUUAGAUGAAGGGACAUACGGUGCUUAUAGAACUCUUAAAAUAACUGAUAAAGUAUACUAUUCUUGAUGUUGGUGUUGAAGAUUAAAAAAAGAAGAUGUGAUUGUUUUGCAUAUGAGAUUGGUUAUUUAAAAAUGGUGCUUGACAAAAUGCUUAUGAAGAGGUUUUACGUAAGUAAGUAAAUAAGUAGUAGGAACAAACUAUGACAAACUUUUGGUACGUUUUUAUGACAUGACUUAACUUAGAUUUGCCGCAUACGGCACUAUUUAGCCGGACCUAUUGAUUCAGAACAUAUUAUAUGAGUACUUACAUUGUUAUAUUGUUCAUCAACAAUAAUUUUAGAGCCACGCUCUUGUCGGUGUAGCAUCCUCCAUGCUACUUUUUAGGGAAAAAAUAGAGCAGUGGUUUCCCUCUUGCCUUCUGCCUCGCAGUACUCUGUCUGACGCGAGUGGGAUGGCACCCAGAGUAGUCUAUUUGAAAGCCAUAAAGCAUAUUGUUUCCUGUGAUACUCAAAUAAUUGUGACGAUGUCAUAGGCUCUAUAAACUCUUUAUAUUAUGUGAUUUUUACUUAAUUAACUGAAUUUGACGUUUUUUUACAAUUCAAGUGACAAAAAUAUCUCGAUGUGACAACAAUAUCUACUGGGGUUCUAAAAAGGCCGCAUUGAAGCAAUUCAUCUGAAAAGUGGUUGAGCGUUGUGCUCACGAUCCGGAGGUCCCGGGUUCGAUUCCCGGUGAGGACAUAUCACAAAAAUUACUUUGUGGUCCCUAGUUUGAUUAGGAUAUUACUGGCUGAUCACCAGAUUCUCCAAAAGUAAGAUGAUCCGUGCUUCGGAAUGCACGUUAGGCCGUUGGUCCCGGUUACUACUUACUGAUGGAAGUAAAUAGUCUUUACAUGAGCCAUGUCACGGGCCUUUGGCGGCUCAAUAGCAACCCUGACACCAGAGUUGAUAAGGUUGGUACUCCACCUCACAACCCACACGAUAGAAGAAGAUCUGAAAAGUAAGUGCGCAAUGUAAACAAAUUGCAAAUAGCAAUAUUGAUUUUAAGGUGAAUUGCUUCAAUAUGGCCUUUUUAACUGAAAUUGUGAUAAUGUUAUUGUAGUGCCAGAAUUCAAAAAUCUGUUGAUGUUAUAAUAUUUCACAAAAGUUAUCUAAACAUUAUAAAUAACUGUGCGUUCUGAUAUAAACAUCAAUGAUGUACAUCGUAAGUGCAAUGUUCACUAACACAGUUGGCAUUAUAGACGCGGAAAUACGGCUCAACCACCUAUCACGUUAGUCUAAGAAAGCUCAGCGAGGUUUGGGUACUUAAUUAAUGGACAUACCAUGACUAUCCUCUGACUAUAUUAGGAUAUAAUCGUGAGCUGAUGUUAUGCUAUAUACAUCUUCGAUAUUAUACAAAAUACAUAAUGUUUAUAAGCUUUUAACGAUCAUGACACGAUUCCAUGACGAGAUAAUAAUCUUGACUGUCCUGUGUUCAUCCAUGUAGUAACUAAAAUAGUCUUAAUACUCGUAUUUUUUUCUUGGAGCCCUGGUGGCCCAGUUGGCAGAACACUUGCCUCUCACUUUGAGGUCGCAGUUUCGAAUAUCAGCACAGGCCUAAACCAAUGUAUGUCGAAUUUGUUUUCAAGUUCUUGUUUUGCUCAACAGUAAAGGAAAACAUCGUCAAGAAACCCCUAUUCCCGAGAAAUGCAUUUUCGGAGGUGUGUGAUCUAAGCUGUAUUGGGAUGGUUUGCUCUUCGCGGGUUGAAAGGUCAGACAGGCAGUCCCUUCUGUAAAAACCGGACCUGUCAAAUCUUCAGGUUAGGCAAGCGGACCCUGUGAAAAACGAGAUAAUGCUAGGGAGACGACGAUGUAUUCGUACUUUUUACUCACUCACUUUUCGGUGGUACUUUUCAAUACCGCAGCAUUACUUUUCAAUCGCAUUUUUUUUGACGUGACUUAUUGUAGAUUUGCCGUAUAUGGCAUUCACUACUUUGCUGAAGCAUUUUUAAAUACAUUCAAACAAAGAAGAACAAAUUAACCUUAUAAUUUAAUUCCACAUUUUGUAAUUUCCGUAUUUUACAUAAAUUAACGAAAUACUGCUGACUUUUGAAAUUAUAAUUUUGAUUUUGUAUAUUAAUAAAUUAUUGCUUAAAGUA